GGCACUUCCUGUAUAAAGGCGGGCGGGCCGGGCUGCGACUCCCGCGAGCCGGGGCUGGGCACUGGGAGGCAGGCGGCGGCGGCCGAGCGGUGGCGGGGCUGUCACCUUCGCGAGCCCGGCUCCUGGAGCUUUCCCCGGCCGUCCCUUCCGUUUCCCUGGGCUCCCGGCGUUGACAUCUGCGGAGCGGAGAGCUGUAUGUGCGCGCGCGCGGGAAAGGAAGAAUGGCAGUGCUCAAACUCUGCGACCAGCCACCACUGGUCCAGGCAAUCUUCAGUGGCGACCCAGAGGAGAUUCGCAUGCUCAUCCAUAAGACUGAAGACGUGAAUGCACUGGAUUCUGAGAAACGAACCCCGCUUCAUGUGGCUGCAUUCCUGGGAGAUGCAGAGAUCAUUGAACUCCUGAUUUUGUCAGGAGCUCGUGUAAAUGCCAAGGACAACAUGUGGCUGACCCCACUGCACCGGGCUGUUGCAUCAAGAAGUGAAGAGGCAGUGCAAGUAUUGAUUAAACACUCGGCCGAUGUGAAUGCAAGGGACAAGAAUUGGCAGACCCCCCUCCAUGUGGCAGCAGCCAAUAAGGCCGUCAAGUGUGCAGAAGUGAUCAUUCCGCUACUGAGCAGUGUCAACGUCUCUGACAGAGGCGGGCGCACAGCCUUGCACCACGCCGCUCUGAAUGGACACAUGGAGAUGGUCAAUUUACUCUUGGCCAAAGGGGCAAACAUCAAUGCAUUCGACAAGAAGGACCGACGAGCUCUCCACUGGGCAGCAUACAUGGGCCACCUGGACGUUGUGGCGCUGCUCAUUAACCAUGGUGCAGAAGUUACCUGCAAGGAUAAGAAGGGCUACACCCCGCUGCACGCUGCAGCCUCCAAUGGGCAGAUCAGUGUUGUCAAACAUCUCCUGAACCUGGGGGUGGAGAUUGAUGAAAUCAAUGUCUAUGGAAACACAGCACUUCACAUUGCCUGCUACAAUGGCCAGGAUGCUGUCGUUAAUGAGCUGAUCGACUAUGGUGCUAACGUGAAUCAGCCCAACAACAGUGGUUUCACCCCUCUGCACUUUGCAGCAGCGUCCACUCACGGUGCUCUGUGUCUGGAGUUGUUAGUGAACAAUGGGGCCGAUGUGAACAUUCAGAGUAAGGAUGGCAAAAGUCCUCUGCACAUGACAGCUGUCCAUGGGCGGUUCACGCGGUCACAAACGCUCAUCCAGAACGGAGGUGAGAUCGACUGUGUGGAUAAGGAUGGAAACACACCUCUCCAUGUGGCUGCAAGAUAUGGCCACGAGCUUCUGAUUAACACCUUAAUCACCAGCGGAGCCGACACAGCCAAGUGUGGGAUCCAUAGCAUGUUCCCCCUACAUUUAGCUGCCCUAAAUGCUCACUCUGACUGCUGCCGGAAGUUGUUAUCAUCUGGACAAAAGUAUAGCAUAGUGUCCUUGUUUAGUAAUGAGCACGUGCUGUCUGCAGGCUUUGAAAUAGACACCCCAGAUACGUUUGGAAGAACGUGCCUCCACGCCGCUGCUGCAGGAGGCAAUGUAGAAUGCAUAAAGCUCUUGCAGAGCAGCGGAGCAGAUUUUCACAAAAAGGACAAAUGUGGGAGAACCCCAUUGCACUAUGCAGCUGCAAAUUGUCAUUUCCACUGUAUUAAAGCAUUAGUGACCACCGGAGCCAAUGUUAAUGAAACAGACGACUGGGGACGGACAGCUCUGCACUAUGCCGCUGCGUCAGACGUGGAUAGAAAUAAGAUGAUCUUAGGAAAUGCCCAUGACAAUUCUGAAGAACUUGAAAGAGCCAGGGAAGUGAAGGAGAAAGACGCUGCACUAUGUCUAGAAUUUCUGCUUCAAAAUGAUGCAAACCCAUCCAUCCGGGACAAGGAAGGAUACAAUAGCAUCCACUAUGCUGCUGCCUAUGGCCACAGACAGUGUCUGGAACUGCUUUUGGAAAGAACCAACACUGGUUUUGAAGAAUCAGAUGGCGGUGCUCUCAAGAGUCCACUCCACUUAGCAGCCUACAAUGGGCACCACCAAGCCUUGGAGGUCCUUCUCCAGUCCCUAGUGGACCUGGACAUCAGGGACGAGAAAGGCCGGACAGCUUUAUACCUAGCUGCUUUCAAGGGACACACAGAAUGCGUGGAGGCACUUGUUAACCAGGGCGCAUCCAUCUUUGUAAAAGACAAUGUCACCAAAAGAACUCCACUUCAUGCCUCAGUUAUUAAUGGUCAUACACUGUGUUUGAGGCUGCUGCUUGAAACAGCCGACAACCCGGAAGUGGUUGAUGUGAAAGAUGCCAAGGGACAAACCCCGCUGAUGCUUGCAGUAGCAUAUGGACACAUUGAUGCCGUUUCAUUGUUACUUGAAAAGGAAGCAAACGUAGAUGCAGUUGACAUAGUGGGAUGCACGGCUUUACAUAGAGGGAUUAUGACAGGACAUGAGGAAUGUGUGCAAAUGCUGCUGGAACAAGAAGCAUCAAUCCUCUGUAAAGAUUCCAGGGGAAGGACGCCCUUGCACUAUGCGGCUGCCCGGGGCCAUGCCACGUGGCUGAAUGAGUUGCUCCAGAUUGUGCUUUCUGAAGAGGACUGCUGUCUCAAAGACAACCAGGGAUACACGCCACUGCACUGGGCGUGUUACAAUGGUAAUGAAAACUGCAUAGAGGUACUUUUGGAGCAAAAAUGUUUUCGAAAAUUUAUUGGUAAUCCCUUCACUCCACUGCACUGUGCAAUAAUAAACGGUCAUGAGAGCUGUGCAUCAUUGCUCCUGGGGGCCAUAGACCCCAGCAUUGUCAGCUGCAGGGAUGACAAAGGCAGGACAACCCUCCACGCGGCGGCCUUCGGAGAUCAUUCUGAGUGCUUGCAGCUGCUUCUGAGACAUGAUGCUCAAGUGAAUGCCGUAGAUAAUUCAGGGAAAACAGCGCUGAUGAUGGCCGCUGAGAACGGGCAGGCAGGUGCUGUGGAUAUUUUGGUGAACAGUGCCCAGGCUGACCUGGCUGUGAAGGAUAAGGACUUGAAUACUCCCUUACACCUGGCUAUCAGUAAAGGCCAUGAGAAAUGUGCCUUGUUAAUACUUGACAAGAUACAAGACGAGAGCCUUAUCAAUGCGAAGAACAGUGCGCUGCAGACACCCCUCCAUGUCGCUGCACGCAAUGGCUUGAAGGUGGUAGUUGAGGAGUUGCUGGCCAAAGGAGCCUGCGUACUUGCUGUAGAUGAAAAUGGUCAUACCCCGGCCCUGGCUUGUGCUCCUAACAAAGACGUGGCUGACUGCCUGGCCCUCAUUCUGGCUACCAUGAUGACUUUUUCUCCUUCCAGUACAAUGACGGCUGUCAACUUCGUUUGUUUUAGAAAAGACAAUUUGAGCAGAAUGACCCACUCCAAUCUGGGUAGUAGGGUUAGUCUUUGCAGUAACAAUGUGGGCUCUGAGGAUGGGUACAAUGAAAAUGACUCUGAUUCGGAAACAUUCUAACUUUGGACUAUAGCGGUGUUUCCCCCCCAAUACCUGUGUUUCAGGAAGGGAUGGAGGCUUGAAUUCCAGGUUAUAUUGUAUUCAGACAUUUGAGGCCAAGCUUCCAGAAGCCAGCAGAAAAGGAGGCAGUCUAACCGAAAGAGGGCAACUAGGCGGUAGGCUGAAACACACGCAGAUGGCCUGGGUUUUGUUUUGCUUCGUGUUCUCUUUAGGUCUAAGGUACUUCUGUGAAAGUCUACCUCUCAUUUUAAGUAAGGACAAAAAAAUAAGUAUUCUUCAUCUUUGGGGAUAAUGCUACAGAGAGACAAAUAUUCAGUCUAAUGAGUUAUUUUUUUCCCACGUCCUCACCAAUGAGUUCUGUGAGGUGGGUCAAGGUAACAUUCAUGUCCCCUGGGAGGGGCAUGAAGAGGAGAUGGGAAAUGCUUGGAUGCUCUUCUCACUCUGAUGUUUACUUCUUCACUAGAAGUCAAAGGUCAAGGUUCAUCUUUAGACAUAAUUGUCCUCUUAAGGGUGUCUACCCUGCCUCCUCCGUAGGAAGCGUGUAAAUGCCUAGAAUGUCUUCCUAGGAUCUCAGUUAAAGCUGCGAGAUGAACGUGAGCAUUGUUCAUGCUCUUUUGUUAAACACAAACAAAAUAGCGCCCGAAGAAAUGUGUGAGUCUGUUUUCAAUGGAGUAAUGGAUCCCAAAUUUAUCCAAUAACAUUUCAGGUGAAAUUAUAUUGUGCCAAAACUUGAAACAAUAUGCAAGUCAAAUAAGAAGUUACCAUUCAUUUGAAUUUGCUCUAAGAUGAAAAUACUAACUUUGUAAGGGCAUCAGAAUGGCUGGUACUGUCCUUCAAUAGUAGGGUAGCAAAUUAGCUGCUCAGCCGAGGUCAUGCCACAAGUGACAGUGUGCCUGAAAAGGAGCCAAGGAAAUGACGGCAGGAAGCAGAAAUGGUUGGUGUGGAAGUGCAAGCCAAUUGCCAGUUGUUUGGUAAUGAAAUCAGCAUUGUGAAUACUGUGUCUGCUCCCUCUGCCAAAGCUUCUAGGUUGAAUGGACCCCGUUCUCCACCUGGAAUGGCUGUACGAAAAGAAGAAUGAGACUUUAAGAAUUAUGCACAUACACAUGCACACAUGUGUGUAUAUUUAUGUAUGUACUUCAUCAACCAGCUCUCCAUGAGGACCAAAAUGCUUCUGCCUAAACUGGGAUAUUUUAAACGUUUUUCUUUCUACAUGCAAGUGAGAACUGUAGUAACUUUUCUAUGGGGUUAAAAUGUAAUCUUUUUUGCAUACCAGUCUUUAUUGUAUUUUAUAUUUCUAAUGAUGCAGAUUUCUAGUUGAUGGCUUGACAAUUUGUAACUGAUGAUGUGUUGACCAUAGGUUUUUGUUUUUAAACUAGAGAAUAUGUCUGUAUACUUUGAUGUAAAUGUGUUUAUAUUUAUUUGAAAUGAAAGAGAUGCCAAGAAAUACCCUUAGGUAUUGCUCUCUGUCUUCGUCUCUGUCUCUCUCUCUUACCUCUCUCUGUGUCUCUCAUCUCUCAUAUCUCUCUGUCUCUGUCUCUGUCUCUGUCUCUCUCUGUCUCAUUGUCCCUCUCUCUCUCUCUAUCUCUCUGUUAUGUACCUUAUUUAGAAUAACGAAGUACAUGGGAAAAUACCCUUGCCUCUGGGCUAACCAUUAGCUCUGGGGUUAAACGCAGCAUUUCCCAUGACUACCAGCUGACCCUUGGGUUUGUCCAUUGCUUGACCCCAUUCUAUAGCCAAUCAGAGCCUUUCUGUGUGAUGAAAACUGAUGUAGCAGAUCAUAUACACAAAGGUAGCCCAAAGAAAGACCCAGAGACUACAGAAACCACACCAAAAAUGACACACAGUCCUGACACUUAACAGGAAAUGAUGCCAAGUAUGGGCACUAUGCCAAGAAAGGGAAUUAAAAAGCAAACACGAGUGAGCCGGAGUGCUCUAUUCCGCUAGCUGAAGACUCAGGGGAGACGUCUGCAGCUGCAGGGCAUGCGUUUGCAAUGUUUUACUGUAGGCUUUCUCUUCUCCUUUGACGUUUAUAUUUUAUAGCAUUUUGAGAGUUUUAAAAAUAAUCCUAUCAUAUCUGGACCAGACUCAGAUAAUGUGUCCUAUCAUUUUCAUCAAGCUAUAAGAGACUUUGCCCUUACUAUUUUGAUAUCCUGGAUUUAAUUAAAACUCUUGUUGGUUCUUCACAAAUGAAAACUUGUUUGGUAGUUUUAUAAAAUUGAAACUGAUGUCAUCGAAAAAAUUUUAUACCAGCAACAUUUUGGGUUUUUUUUGCAUUUUUGGUGUAAUCUAUCCUUCCCUCUGGUCCUUUCGUUUAGAGCAGGUACAUUUGAAACAAGUAGACAGACCUACUAAGGAGCAGCAAUGACCUUAUCUUUAGGGAAUCCUGAGGAUUGAGUGAGUGCUCACAUUGAAGUGUGAUGUGCUGUCCUGUCUUUUUCUAGAAGUGAGUAGUGGAAGUCUUACUGGGUUGGCAUUUAAAGCAGGAAAUAAAAUGCCUGUAUUACUAGUGAUGCAGCCCAUGUGGAAGGGGGUCACUUCCACAAAGCAGUGACCUAGCAGGAGACACUGUGUCCACGGAGCUAUGCUGGCCUUCCCUGGCUCAUUCUGAUAGAGGAUGUGUACAAACACAAGGAAAUUAAGCUUACAAAGAGCCAUUCUUCUGAGUUGCUCUGUCUGUCUGUCUCCCCAUCUCCCCUUCUCUUGCUCUGUUUCCUCCCCCUGCCCAACAAGACCAAAAUUUUUUUAAAAGAAAUAACUUUUGAAAACUGAAAAUUCUAUGUAUCUAGUUAUCUCAUAAAUGUUUGCAGCAUUGCUUUCUGAGGGGAAAAUGUUUUUAGUAGUCUUAGUUGCUCAGUGCUUUUACCUAAAUGCAUUGUUUUCAGAUUGUAUGUCAACCACAGCCACAAGGACCAUGUUUGAUCGCCCCUCCCUAGUCCCUGGUGUCUGCCCAUCUUUGGUAAAUUCAUUACUUUCUCCAAAUUGCCUAAAGUCCUAGUAAACAAUAGCUCAGGGGAUUUCUAUCCAUCACUACUAACAGGGCACCGUGGUAGGUCUUGGUACUUUGGGCAGCAAGCAGCCGCUUGACUUGUCAUUGCUUUGGGACAAGAGCACCAGGUGGAUUUGCUGCACUAGUUCCGCUUCACACUAUUCAGCAGCUUGGGUUGUGCAUCCGUUGCACUUGUUGAUGAACUUAUCCCUUUGUGGUCUUGUAACCUGACGUUAGAGUGCCUUUUUAUAUUUGUAUAUCCUGGAAAUGCUCUGUGAAACAUUUUGUAUUUUUUCAUUUGUGUGUUAUUGGAGCAAUAUGAUCCUAGUGAGUUUCCCUUUCUUUGAAUGUACCAAGUGUCUCCUUUCCUAGUCCUCUCCUCCUUUGCUUUGAAAUGAAAAUGCUUGCGUUUUCUAGAGGAAUUAUGUUUGACUUUGCAGUACUAAAAUGCUUUCUUCUUACAGAACUGUAAACCAUAGGUCAGUAUUAUAGGGGAACAGCGUUUUAAGAUAGUGACAAUCUGAGCGUGUUUGUAGAAUGUCAUUCCGUGUGUUUCCUACAUGGUGAUCUGAAGACUCAAUGCAAGUACCCUUUGUUCAGUAGCUUUGUCUACAGACGAUGCUUCAGCAUGUGCAAUAUAUCCUUGCAAAGCACGGUGAUACACAUCUUGUGCCAGUGUUACAUUUUGUAAAACAUAUGUGUAACAGCAUAAACUAUUAUGUGAUGAUUUCAGUGGGAGUUUUGUCUGUACUUUUAAGAUGUAGACAUUGGAGUUGAAUGACUUUGAUAAAUGUUCUGAGUGUAAAAAUGAGGAAAAAUGGCUUUCGGUUCAGUGAAGGACUUUGGACCGGUAUGAAUCGUCGCAAGCACAGGUUAAUACUUUCCCAACUACUGAAUGCUCAAUAAUGCAAUGGAGUACUUACCUGUAACUUACAAUGAACGUGCAUUCAGAUGGUUAUUUUUUACAAAUA